CUCGGUUAUAUUCGGAUGAACUCGGGAUUCGUCCGGCCGGACUCGGGAAGGUUCGUCUCUCAUUCGAUGAGAUGCGAACGGAGUGUUGGCUCGGAGGUGGGGUCAGAGGUCGGAGGUGAGAGUGGGUGGCGCGGAGCGGAGGGAGCGCGUAGCCGGAUUGAGCUUGGAGAUGUUACUCCACACAACAUCAAACAGCUGAAACGGUUAAACCAAGUAAUCUUCCCUGUAAGUUACAAUGACAAAUUCUACAAGGAUGUACUGGAGGUUGGCGAACUUGCGAAAUUAGCAUAUUUCAAUGACAUUGCAGUGGGUGCAGUGUGCUGUCGAGUGGAUCAUUCGCAAAACCAGAAACGAUUGUACAUCAUGACCUUGGGAUGCCUGGCACCAUACCGGAGACUAGGAAUAGGAACCAAAAUGCUGAAUCAUGUGUUAAACAUCUGUGAAAAGGAUGGGACCUUUGACAAUAUUUAUCUGCACGUUCAGAUCAGCAAUGAAUCAGCAAUUGAAUUCUACAGAAAAUUCGGCUUUGGAAUAAUAGAAACUAAAAAGAACUACUACAAGAGGAUAGAGCCAGCUGAUGCACAUGUUUUGCAGAAAACCCUCAAAUACAUCGCUCCAUCGCAGAGUGUGGAAUGUCAGAAAUGAAAUUGUGGCUGAUCUUGCACGUUAGUUGCCAAAAAAAAGUCUGUACAGACGGUUGGAGGGUGAGCGUCAAGAGGAGCCAUUUCUCUACAGCGCUUUGUGGCAAUAGGCUUACCACAUUAACCAGAAACCACUCAAAAUUAUUCCCGCAUAAAGCAUCCUGUAUCUUCACCAGUUAGAAUUAAUGUAUCUGAGACAAGCAACCCAUCCGCCAGGACUGUAAUCAAAGCAUGGGGUUUGGUCGUGUUAUUAUUACUUUACCAGGUCCUAGGUGGGACAGUUUUUGUUUUCCAAUUCAAGUGUGCAAACAAGUGAUCUGAUUUUGUAUUUAAAAACAAAGACCUGUUCAUGCAUAGUUAAUUUUUCCAUAAAAGUUUAAUUGGUACUUUCAAGAACUAAUUGUCCUACAAACUUAUUUGUGCCUAUUGGAGUGAUAUCUCCCACUUUUCAUUUUGUGGAAUAAAUAUUUCAAUUUUAAAGAUGAGACUGGA